AGGAGGAAACGACGUGACCUCUGCACGUUUGCUGUAGGUGUGUGUUGGAGUAAACCAAUAACUCGGUAGCUGAUGUUCGCUAGUGGAACACUAGUUUCUCUGUUGAAUGGAAGAGUUUCUCAGAAGGCUUUCGUGUGAUAUUUAGUGUUUAUUGCACGACUGUUUUGUGUUUACGUGGAGGUUUGUUUGUGUGAGUUGUCUGGGUUUCCAUCGAUUUUGUGUACCGCGUGUCCUACGCUGGGUAGCCGGGAGCCGGGAGCCUGGAGCCUGUCUCAGGGGUCUCGGGUACACGGUGACGGACACGCUGGACGGGGUACCGAUCCAUCGCGGGGCGCGCAUUCACUCACCAAUCAGCCUACAGCGCAUGUCUUUGGACUGGGGAAUGAAACCGGAGUACCUGGAGGGAACCCCUGAAGCACGGGGAGAACACGCAAACUCCAUGCACUCAGGGCAGGGACGGGAUUCGAACCCCAACCCUGGAGGUGUGAGGCAAACGUGCUAACCGCUAAGCUCCUCUUGCUUCAUUUGUGUGUCUUGAUUUGUUUAGCAAUUGUGAGAUGAAUGAGUGGUGCAUUCAUAUGUUUCUUUAGUGUGUGUGUGUGUGUGUGUGUGUGUGUGUGUGUGAGAGAGAGAGAGAGAGAAAGAGAGCCAUUCUGAGGAUUUCUUAUCUUUACAGUACAGCUUGUUUGUGCCUCCCAGCCAGGCCGCUAUCUGUAUUAACACACUCCUGUCACUAAAGUGAAAAACUCGCCCUGCUCUCGAGUCAGGAACUGUUCAACACCAUCCACGAUUGUGUGUGGCCAGAUCAGGACCAUCUCUCGUGUCAAAAGAGACAAUUUUCUCCAGUUUUCUCCGUUUAUUCGAAUCAUGCAGCAGCUGCCUCUGCUGAAGUCCGGGGACAAAAUGGAGGAUUUUGGUGAACAACGUAGGGAACUUCCUACUACACAAGCUGAACGAUGGACAUCAUGGAGCGACAGGGCGGACCUUCCUGUACUGACUCAGCCCGGUCUCGGAGUAACGACCACGACGGUGACCACUCUCACACAGACGGGCGGAGACUGGAGUACGGGUCUGUUUGAUGUGUGUGACGACGUCAGCACCUGUAUAGCGGGUGUGUUUAUGCCGUGUUGUCUGGAUGUGAUUUUGGCUCAUCAGUAUGGAGUGUGUCUGCCUCUGCUACCUGCCUCCACUCUGGCGAUGCGGGUCGCCUUCAGAGAACGUUUCAAAAUCAGGGGCAGUGUGUGUGAGGACUGGGUGACGGUUUUCUGCUGCUAUCCUCUCGCUGUGUGUCAGAUGAUGCGGGAGAUGAAGAGGAGACUGAAGAGACAGAUGUACACUGUUACCACUACACUAGAGUGCUCCUGAGAGACUGUGUGUGAGUGUGUGUGUGUGUGUGUGUGUGUGUGUGUGUGCGCAUGUGUGUUAAACCUGACACACUCAAUUACCAGUUUUUGGAAAAUUAAUUGCAUUCAAUUCAAUAUAAUUUUAUUCCUUUAGCUCUUUUAAGACUAGACAAUGUCCCAAAGCAGCUGUGCAGGAAUCCAGAUGUAGAUUUAGAUCCAUGAUGAAGAAGCGAAAGGAAACAGAUGUGAAGGAAAACUCCCUGAGGCGACAAGAGGAAGAAACCGGAAUGAAGACGGAAGCCGUCCUCUCCUGAGUGAUCUCUCUGGAUUAUCGGUGUGAUUAUUAUAAAGACGGUAUCCAGGUGUAGAUGUGAGAAUAAGAACAAACAGAACUGAGUGUGUGUACACGACUAUAAGUGUGCGGUUUAGAUGUGAAUAAGAGUGUGUAUGAUCACAUUCAGAUCGUUCAGCACCGGUGCACGAGUCCACGAGCUCGGUCCGCGUUUCCUGACGUUUCCACCACAUUAUUCCCCGUUUCUGAAUCCUUUUGAAGAUGGACGUGUGUGAAGCGUGUACGAGAGAAAGACACGGAUUCAGCACGCUGUAUUUCUCCCUCGGAGCGUGGCUCCGUGAGGAGGGAGUGUGUGAUGUAGACGAGCUCAGGAAUAAAUGGUUUAAUGACUGAAAUCAAAUUCUUGUUUUACGAAACAGUUCAGUUUGAAAUGUGUCAGAGUUGGCAAACGAGUCGUUUAAGGAAUUAUAAAAUAUGACCUUUCGUUUUUGAGAAAUCGUGCGAUCGAUAUGUUUUAUCUUUAGUGUACACGUCUGAUUAUAAUAUAUUAUAAAUGCAUCAUUUAAUCAAAAGGUGAGCGGUUACUCAGUAGUUCAGUGUUCACGAGAUGAAAGCAGGAUUUAAUUUGAAUCGUUUUCCACAAUUUGAAUGAGUUCACAGUUUUGCGAGCACUGCUCUCUCUCGCUCUCUUUUUUUUGCUUAUUUUUUUCCUCUCUAUUUUUUUGCUUUUUUUUUGCUCUCUCUCGCUCUUUUCUUGCUCUCUCUCGCUCUCUUUUUGCUCUCUCUCGCUCUUUUCUUGCUCUCUCUCGCUCUCUUUUUGCUCUCUCUCGCUCUCUUUUUGCUCUCUCUCGCUCUUUUCUUGCUCUCUCUCGCUCUUUUCUUGCUCUCUCUCGCUCUCUUUUUGCUCUCUCUCGCUCUUUUCUUGCUCUCUCUCGCUCUCUUUUUUGUGCUUAUUUUUUUCCUCUCCAUUUUUUUUGCUUCUUUUUUGCUCUCUCUCGCUCUCUUUCUUUGCUGCUGAAUCUAGUCAGAGAGGAAACUACAGAGGAAACUUCCUAGUCCGAGGAAACUACAAACUCAUUUGUCCAGCAUGCACUCUGCUGGAUUCCUGUGUUCUGAAGCACAAACUCUAGAAGCUGCAUGUAGUGGUGCAGUCCUGACCUUGUUUUCUCCCUCGACAUCUUCAUGUGUAGAGGAGUUGGUGGUUUGUUAGUUUUUUUCUAUCAUGUGUUUUGUAGCCAGAAUUUUUUGGACGGGGUUACCAGAUCAGACCUUAUUGUGGUAGCGAUCAAAGGGCGGGGCAAAAUACUAAUCCACAUCCAUAGAAAAAUGACUUAUUUUAGCGCCCCCUAUCCGUGUAUGGUCUGAGUGCGAUUGGACAUAAAACACACACAUUGUACACAUCUAAUCAGAAUUUAUUUGCCAUCUAGUGAGCUGCCAAAACACAACGCCAGUAAUCUUAUCCGGUGCUACGAAUACAAUAACAUUAGCUAACGGCAAACUGAUAAAAUCUAGAUAAUCGUUAACGGUUAGCUAAAUUUGCUUGUAUGUACAAAAUGACUAUAUGAACUGUCACAUUUUUCAAUAAUAAUAAUAAGAAGAAGAAGCAGAAGAAGAAGAAGAGAAAGAAGUAAAUAAUAUGUCUGCCUCAUGAGGGUAAAAGUUUGAAUAGCUCUGCUCUAUUUCCUGUCACAGAAACACGGUUCGGAAUCUA